UUAUCGAAGAUAAUAAUGGCUUGUCAGCAUAGAUGCACCUGACGGAACAAGUAUAAAAUGCAGUCUAUUCAUGGGAUUGUCAUCAAACAGCACAAUGUAUUCCAGAGCUAUCGUGUUCUUUGCUGUCCUAACCAUGGCGGUCGCUGCAAAUGUGCAGCCCCGAAUCAACAUCCAGAUGCCACCUACCGGGCCGGGUCUUACUUCGUUUGAGACUCGUGUGGUUGGAGGUGACGAAGCGCCGAAAGGAAGAUACCCAUAUAUGCUUUCCCUUCAAAGGCUGAGCCUUUUUUCCUAUCAGCAUUUCUGCGGCGGAUCCAUCCUGAACGAACAAUGGGGUAUAACAGCAGCACAUUGUACUGUAAAUAAUCGCGCAAGCAGUGUUAUCGUCAUGGCUGGAAAAUUCAAUCUUAAACUUCUAGAGCCAACCGAACAGUUAACAAAAGUGUCAAAAUGGAUCAUACAUGAGAAAUAUAAAGGUGGUGUUGGCCCAAAUGAUAUUGCUCUGAUUAAGUUCACUUUUUCAUUGAAGCUUAACAUGAACACACAACCUAUCGUGUUACCCCAACCAAACAGUGAACCAACUGGACAGGCAUGGCUUAGUGGAUGGAGCUCUACUUCGACUACUGAUAUUCCAAUACUGCCAUCUACACUUCAACAUGCUCUGACGACCAUCAUCGAUCGCAAACUUUGCGACGCAAUCGUCACUAACAUGACAGGUUUUCCUUCUCUUGUUGAUGACACCAAUAUCUGCACUGAGCCAAAGUCGAGCAAACCAAAUUCUGCAUGCAGCGGUGAUUCUGGUGGUCCACUAGCUAUCUUUACAGGAGGAAAACCGGUUCUUAUUGGACUUGUAUCUUGGGGUCUUAUGCCUUGUGGUACUUUAGGCGCGCCAACCAUAUACAUUAGUGUAUCUAAAUUCAAUGACUGGAUUGCACAGAAUAUUAAUCCACAUUUCAAUUAUGUUUGACGACAAUAUUGACAAUAUAUAUGAAUGUAUAAUAUAUAUGAGGAAUUGUGAUAUUAUUGAGG